AGAAUGUUUAAGAAAUAUUUGGAUUAUAACUCUCGUUCUGAUAAAAAAUCAGAUAGAAAAAAUUGUCUAUAACUAUUAAAAUAUAAAAACGAUGAGGAUUCAAUUAUAGUGGGGUUACAAAAAGAUAUAUCAUAUAAUAGAGUAAACCAAAAAAAGGAUAAAUAUAUUAUUGAAAAGGGUAUCAAAGGAAAAAAAAAAAAACAGUCUUAUAGAAGUUUGUUAAAUAUUGCUCAAUACUAUACAGAAUUUUUGGAUUAUAGUAAUGGAAUGCUUGAUUAAAAACCUUCCCAUUUUAAUAAAAAAUGGAUCACAAAAAAAGAUUAUAAUGAAUAAUUUGGAAAAAUAUUAAGAAUUCGUAAAGUAAAAUUUAGAAAUUAGGAAUUUGCGUUGUAUUUAUUUAUUUUUUACUUGUUGAGAAUAUGAUUAGCUAUAUUAAAAGUAUUAGAGUCAUUUACAAUUAAACCUUUUGUAAAAAUUUUGGAAGUAUAUAUAUAAGAUCUUCUAAAAUAUAGCAGUAAAAGAUUAUUAUUAUAUAAUAUUUUUUUUUGCGUACUUAUUACAUUAGCUGCCAUACUUAUAUUAGCUAUUCUUAAGAUCUUAAGAAAUAAUGAAAAAUAUAAAAAAAAUUAA